CUUCAUUAGUUUGGUUACAGAACAUUCCUCAUUCAGUAGCUUUCAAGAGCAUAAGAUUCAGCAAGACUGUUUGUGGUGAGAAACCAACAAAAUGACCGGACACAGGUGGAAACUCCAAAGGGCGUUGUGCCAGUACGUCACUGAUACUUUAUCUUACAUGGCAACAGUGAAAGAUUUCUCUGAGAGUUUCUCUGAAUGGAAAGACUGCAGAGAAAUAGAGUACGUGAAAAUGAUAAGUGUCAAGGAAAUGGCUGACAAUAUUGAUCCCACCUUCACCAAGUCAGAGGGAAGGAUGGCAGCCUUUGGUAAAUACUUGAAAAGCCUUGUUCAGAUGAACACAGAGAGAAAACUUGCAGAGCUAGAAAAUGUGCUGGAUGAAGUGUUAAAAGGAACACUGGAAGGCUUGGAGCAACUUGACAUCUUCUUGGACGCAAUGGAGAAGCUGGCUGUGACUUCACUGAAUGUCUUCACUGAGAGCCAGAUUCUACACCUUCCUGAGACGAUCAGCUUCAAUGAUGUUCAAGCUGUCAUCAAAGAUGCAAGACAGAUCUGCCCUCUACUGCUGGAGUUCAAAAGAGAUGCAAAGUCCUUCUUCCUUCCUAAACUUCACAAUGUGGAAGUGCUUACAUCACAACUUCAAAAGUACAUACAGACCACCAAACGUCUAAUUCAUGCAACAAGCUUCAACUUUGAAAUUUCCUUGGAAAUGGCUGAAGAAAUAGCUGUUGAUCAAGAUGGUCUGAGUGAAAAUGAGAUGCAAAUCAUGACAAAUCACAUUAAACUACUUGAAAAAACAAGGAUGGAUGAACACUUUCGGAUGGCUUUCUUGUUCCAAGAGGUUUCCCCAGCUGAUUUAAUCAGAAUAUUUGAUGAUCGACUGCCAGAAAUGCUAAAGUUUCUUGAUGACUUGGAGCAGUGUGCUGUUCAGUUAGACAGGAUGAACAAAGGAGCAAAGAUCUCCAGUGUAACAGGAAGCUCAGUUGGAGCAAUUGGAGGUGUACUUUCCAUUGUUGGUUUGGCAUUAAUUCCAGUAACAGCAGGAGUGUCUUCAGGGCUGAUAAUAGCUGGUGUGGCAAUCGGGGUAACAAGUGGAACCAACAGUUUGGUGACCACUGCGACAGAGUUUGGAGUAAAUCGUUCUAAUCAGAAAAGGGCAAAUGAAGCCUUUCAAAGUUUCAUGAAAGAUUUCCAAAGAAUCCAGAAUUGUCUUGAUGAUGUGGUGGAGCAACAAACAACAAGUCUGGAGCAAAGUGAAGUAGAUGUAGCGGUGGUAGUAGGCAGGAUCGCUUCUAAAGCAGGUACCAUAGGAAAGAGCAUUGAUUCAAUCGUUGAUACUGUUGCAAGUGCAGGAAAAGUUGUAACACAAGAUGGAAAAGCACUACGCAACAUAUCGGGUAUGGCUGCCGAUGUUCCUGAUAUGGGUCAGGCAGCAGUGAAAGGGCCUCUGGCUCUCUCCAAGGGAGCUAGAGGGGGAUUUAUUGCACUUAAUGCCUUAUUUCUUGGUAUGGAUAUCUUCUUUAUCACCAAAGACAGCAUGAGUCUGGCCAAAGGCACUGAGGCUAAUCUCUCAAAGUUUCUCAGAGCCAGGAUUGCAUUAUUCCGCUCACAGAUCGAGUCAUGGGAGAAGAUUUGCUACACUUUGCUUCACAGUAAACUGACCAGCAAUAAAAACAAAGAUUUGCUCAAAAAGCUAUUUUUCCAAGUGAGAAAGAAUACCUAGAUUUAAAAUGUUAAUCAUUAUAAAAGCAGAUUUGUCUAGUAGCCUGAACUGCCACCCCCCACCCCCCUACCACACAUCAACACUGUUCAGGACCUAGAAGCUACACCAAAGUAGCAUCUCCAGACCUCCUGCAUUACAUUAACGUAGCCUGUGUGUAUAGAGUACGUUGCUAUACAGUGGCAGCUGGCCAAUAGAGGGUGCUAGGGUGCCGCCCCACCC